AAAAGAAAAGAAAAACGAAAGAAAGGAAAGAACAGGAAGGCGAGAACAAGAACAGUCAUAGGUAGACUCUCGGACAAAGAACUAGAUCUAGACGAAGCUCCACCAGAUCCGCUUCAUCACUUAGUGAUCGAGUUAGAACGUGCUGAUACUGAUCGAAAAUGGAACUGGACAGAAUUAGCAGUUUACCGAAUGAUGUCACAGAAAAGAUUUUGUCACAUCUGCUGCCUAGAGAAGCAGCGAGGACAAGUGUUUUAUCGACCAAGUGGAGAUACAAAUCGGCCAUGCUUCAUGAUCUAGAGUUUGAUGAGUGUUGUUGGAGUGAAAGCCAAAAUCGGGAGGUUGAUGAUUGUGAUGAUCAAACAAGCUUUGUGAAAAUGGUUGAUCAUGUACUCUUACUUCAUAUCGGCCCCAUACGCAAGUUUAAGCUGGUUUGUGAUUUAAAUGAGCUAACUACUAGAGAUAUUGAUCGAUGGGUUACUCAUCUAUCAAGAAACUCUAUCAAAGAGUUGAUACUCUUUCUUUGGGAAUCUGGAUACAAGAUCCCAUUAUGUGUGUUUUCUUGUCAAGAUCUCGUUCGUUUGGAGUUCACUCAGUGUAUGCUCAAACCUCCGUCAACGUUCAAAGGAUUUAGUAGCUUGAAAAGCCUUCAACUUAUCGCUGUUGACUUGGACCAAGAUGUGUUUCAAAUUUUGAUUCGUUCUAGUCCUCUGCUUGAGAAAUUAACACUGCGACAUUGUGAGGGUGUUAGCAAUCUCAAGAUUAAUGCACCAAACCUCAAAUAUAUGCAUGUUUUAGGUACUUUCGAUGUUGUCAACCUUGAGAGUGCCUUGAAUAUUACUGAGGCUGAAGUUUAUGUAAGCAUCCAUUCUGAGUCUGCUUACGACAGAUGGGUUCCUGACAGUUGGAAACCCAGCAGUUCUAGCAAUUUGCUCAAGAUUUUUGAUCACCUCCCACGUAUUCGAAGGCUCGAGAUUAAGUGGCACUUUUUGAAGUAUUUGUCUUUGGGUGCGUUGCCAGAAAAGCUCCCUAAACCCUGCCAGUAUCUGAAAGUUCUUACUAUGGACUUAUGCUUUGAUGAUCCGGAUGCAAUUCAAACUGCUCUAUGCAUUCUGAUAAGCUCCCCUGCUCUGCAGGAAUUAGAAAUCUUUAUGGAUGACAGAAAGAAACUCACAAGGUCACCCGGUGUUGUCGAACAACAGAACUCUUCUUGUUUCGAGGUCAGCUACAACUGCACAUUCUAUCAACUGCGACUUGUGAACAUAACCCGGAUCUCUGGUGUUGAAGCUGAACUAGAUUUCAUCAAAUGUAUACUUUUAGGUUCACCUCUGCUUGAGAGAAUGACUGUCACGCCUGCUUCUAUGGAUGGUUUUACAAAACUUGUAAAAGAGCUACUCCAGCUUAAACGUGAAUCGAAGCAUGCAGCGAUAAUUCUCAUGGAUCCAUAAUUCUUCAAUGAAUCGAAGCAGCUAAACGGUUCUGGACUUCUGGUUGAAAUGAAACAGGGUUUGGAGUGGUAUCUUUUGGUACAAGUCUAAAGUCUUCAUAUCAUGAUUUCCUCUGUCACUAACUCACUAUUAAGUUGGUUUCGCAUACAAAAUGG